AUGAGAGGAGCACAGCGUUCCAGCGUCGCCAUAAACCGGCAAGAGAUGACUGAAGGUGGAAGAGAUCACGCGAGAAAUUUCGAAAGAUACGACGCAGUUCUCGAAAUUUAUGACGGAAUACACCGAGUGUAUAACGAUGUCGAAAUAGAUUGGAUGCAGAUUCAUGAUGCCGGCUCGACGAUAGAUGAUACGGAGCUGCCGCACCAUAUAACUAGUAAAAAUGAUCUCGAUCGGCUGAUCGGUGGUACUUUUAAAUCGUUCCUGAAUGCCCUGCCUGCUCCGCCUACCAUCGUCACAGUGGCCAGAUCGUCCGAGGAUGACUACUGUCCGGCCGAGGACGUUGAGCUGAUACAGGCUGGGGUGCUGGACGAGUUACGCCAGAGGAUUGACUCGGAGAUGGACGUGCGUUUGGCUUACCUGGAAAAUGAGGAGGAGGGUGCACACUGA